UCAGGGUUCAAUGGGGGGUUUUGGUAAUCGCCAUUGAAACAUAAAGUUUAGUUAAAAAGAAGGAAAAAAGGGCAGAGAUGCCUCGAAGCUUGUCGCGGUCGCCAUCUUACCACCGAAGGAGAUACUCUCCUCCGCCCCCAGUUUCUCGCCACUCCCGGAGAAGCCGAAGAGAUCGAAGCCGCAGCGGCAGCCGCAGCCGUAGCCGCUCUCCCUAUUCCAAUUCUCACUCCAGGCGAAGAAGUCGUUCUAAUUCCUCACGUCGCCGUAGAAGCCGCUCACCAUCAUACAGGCGCAGGAAGCGGUCUCCCACACCUAGGCGACACCAUAGGCAAAGAAGUAGGAGUACCUCUUUGUCUCCUUUGCCCAAGUCUCGUAGUCCAAGUGUUGCAUCGGCUGAACGUAAAAGUGCCACCGAGAAACUAAAGAGAGAGGAGGAAGAAAAGAAGAGGCAGCAACUUGAAGCAGAACUGAAACUAUUAGAAGAAGAGACUGCAAAAAGGCUGGAGGAGGCAAUUCGGAAAAACGUUGAGGAGAAGUUGAAUUCUGAAGAAGUUAGGUUAGAAAUAGAGAGGCAAAUAGAGGAAGGUCGAAAGAAAUUGUUUGAUGAUGUUGCAACUCAACUUGAAAAAGAAAAGGAAGCUGCACUUAUGGAAGCAAGACAGAAAGAAGAACAAGCUCGAAAAGAGAGAGAAGAGCUGGAUAAGAUGUUAGAAGAGAAUAAGAGGAGAGUGGAAGAGGCUCAGAGAAGAGAGGCUUUAGAGCUGCAGCGGAAAGAGGAGGAACGGUAUCGAGAAUUGGAGCUUAUUCAAAGACAGAAAGAGGAGGCUGCUCGGAGAAAAAAGUAGGAAGAGGAAGAAGAGAAGCUGAACCAGAUGAAAUUGUUGGGUAAGAAUAAACCCAAGCCAAAGUGUUUAGGUAUUGACUUAUAAUGAUGAUUUCUCUGGUACUGGUGCUAUGGCCCUUACCAUGGAAACUGUAGACUAGGACUUUCAUGUUGAACUAAUAUUUGGAAAAAUCUCUUUGGAUUUUCCACAUAUCAUUCUAGGUUUCUUUUAUGGUUAAGCUACCUCCUACUGAGGUCUUAGUCUUUUGUUUUCUUUGGCUAGUUGUUGAUAGUUUUUUGGUAGGCUGAGUGACAAAUUUGGAUGAGAUACUUAUUGUUCAGAAUUCCUUGUUUAGGACAGUUGUUUAUUAGUUGUCAUGUUCUUGGAUCAAA